AUGAAAGCCGACGGAAAUGGGACUGAUGUCGAGAGCGAGGCGUUCAGGAAGCUCUUCAUCGGAGGACUCACCUCGACCACCACCGACGAGAUCCUCCGAGCAUUCUACGAGCAGUACGGAGAGUUGACCGAUUGCAUUGUGAUGAAAGACCCAGCGAGCCAACGCAGUCGCGGCUUUGGAUUCGUCACCUACGCGAAGAAGACUCAGGUUGACGCCGCUCAAGCCGCUCGUCCGCACGAGAUCGACGGGAAGAAAGUCGACUCGAAGAGAGCUGUGCCGAAAGAUGCGAAUGACAAGGGACCGUCGCAGGUUUCCACCCAGCGCCUCUACGUCUCCGGCAUCAAAGACGGACACACCGAGGACAUGCUCAAGGACUAUUUCUCGGAGUUCGGAAACGUGCUUAAGGUUGACAUCGCGAAGGACAAAAACUCCGACACAAUUCGCGGUUUCGCUUUCGUCCACUUUGACGACUACGAUGCGGUGGACAGGUGUGUUCUCAUGAAAUCUCACCAAAUCAACGAUCAACGAUGUGAUGUGAAGAAGGGACUGUCCAAAGAAGAAAUGGCUAAGUUCGACCAAGGCCAACGCGAUCGCCAAUUCCGCGGUGAUCGCCAGGGAGGUCGAGGUGGAUUCGGCGGCGGAGGACGGGGAGGACCUGGAGGACCCCGUGGCGGUGGCGGCGGCCGAGGCGGACGCGGAGGCGGUGGUGGUGGCGGCGGCGGUGGCGGCGGUGGAGGACCGUGGGCCAACCAGGGAUGGGGCGGACAACAAGGAGGAGGCGGUGGUGGAUGGGGAGGACAACAAGGCGGAGGCUGGAGCGGUGGCCAGCAAGGAGGAUGGGGAGGACAGCAAGGAGGAGGAGGAGGAGGAGGAUAUGGUGGUGGCCAACAAGGCGGUUGGGGACAAGGCGGUGGCCAAGGCGGUGGCCAAGGAGGCGGCUGGAGCCAGGGCGGAGGCCAGCAAACCUGGCAGGGACAACAGGCAGCCGGCCAGGGCGGAUGGGGACGCGGCUUC